GUAAAUGAACCAUUUACAUAUUUGGCAUCUAAUGGAUGAUCACCUGUCAAGGGAAGAGAAAGAAUUCAAAUGGGCGCAAGAGUGAGAAGAAGAUACUCAACCAGAGCAAAAAGAAAAGCAAAAUAGUACACAAAAGCCAAUGGAAGAGCAGGAGAUAAUUAUUAUAUAUAAUUAUGGAGCUAAGACAAUGCGAAGAGAAAGAGUUUGAACUAAUAUUGAACUUUCUUUUUACCGUGAGGAUGCUAUAGUGAUGGCUGAGGACAAAUGAUGUCAUCAAAAAGUCGUUCAUGCAAAAAUUUCAUAUAAAAAAUUAUCAGAAUUUUGAGUUAGCCAUGCAAAAUAUCCCAUGACCUUUCCACUAACCGAUGAUCAUGCUCAAACACAAAUGUCUAAGCGCCAAUGCCAACUCCUCAAUCAAUGCAAUUUAUUUCCCUUUCUUCCUUCUUCCACUAUAUGUGAAGUGUCUUACGAACAGUUUUUCUUUCCGAUUUCCUUGCAGUCGGAGCCAGUCCACUUCCCAGUAACUGAAACUUCUCUUAUUUUUCCUUUCCAAAUUCCUGACCCUUUACUUUCUUCCUUUUUCUUUCUCCCCACUCAAAUUUUCCUAUAAAUUGAUUGCUUUCCCUUGUGGGCUUUAUGAGUUCACUGUAGCUAAAGGCAAUUUACAAGUGUAUAUGCUAUACUUAAGGAUGUUUUUUCUUUGUUUGUUGGGUUCUUUCUCUUAACUUUUGUUUUUCAUUUAUGUUGCUAGAACUGGUUGUUUGAGCUGAUUUGGUCAAUCCAUUUUGUAUAAAUAUAGAAUCCUAUUCGUCAGUGUCAAUACCUCUGUUUAAGAUUUAAGAAGCUUCUUAGUAUGGGUUAAGCCACCGCUGAACCAAAGGUAGGGAGAGUAACAGGUUAUAGCAUAUCCAAUCUUUUAUAUAUAUUCUCAUGGACUGAUCAUGUUAGCUUUUAAUGGGGUUUGAACUGAAGACAUAUUGUUUGGGUACUCCAUCACUGUACCAUUGGACUCUUGAGCUGAUAGUUUUAUAUUGUGGCUAAUUUUAUAUGGAUAUUUUCUGUAAUUUGGUUUCUUGACUGCCAGAAGUUUCUCAUUCCCAGAUAAUUUGGUUCCGUAUUGAGAUCUUGUCGUAUGGCUUAUAUACCUCCACACAAACGUCAUCCAAGGGAUAUUGACAAACCAACUCCAACAGCAGAGUUGCUUGCUCCUUUGUUUAAUACAAAAUUGAAUUUGAGGCCCUCUGCUCCUCGUUUCAUCCGAAAAGAUUUGAAGCCAUCUGGACGUAAAGAGGACAGAAGUGGAAAGAUAACCUUUGCCGUCAAGACUAAAAUUAAAUGGUUUAGCAUUGGUAGUUCUGAUGUUGGUAAUCUGUUUCCCUCUUGUCUUCAUCUUGUGCGGUACUCAGUUCCGUCCAUUGAGCGAAGAUGGGGUUUAAGACCUCUAGCUUUGAUGAACUCUAAUUUAUCUCAAGGUAAUAGAACUAUGUCCUUAGUUUUCUAUCUGCUUGUUGCAUGUGACUAUGCAAUUGACAAAACUGAGCUGCCUACUGAAACGACAUUGAGACAACUGAAGAGGUCGUUUUAUACAAAUGUCUCAAACGCUUACAUGGAUUACGUUACAGAAAAAGUAAUUCCACUGAUUGGGGUUGAGUUUAAAGAGGAAAAAGAUAUAUAUGAGGUCAAGUUAUUGGAUGUAAGGCGUCCAUUUGUGACCAUACUCUGCAAAUGUACCGCUUUGCCAGUUUCUAAUAAUCUCAAACUUUGUAAGGUUGAACUCAAUCGAACGCGCCAUUUGUUUGAAGAUAUAUCGUGCCUGAAACAGAAGAUUGAUUUGAGAAUGGUGUUGUACGCCAAGAAGAUCAGAUUAGAAAAGCUUACAAAUGAUGAGAUGGAGGGCAUUUUAGAUCUUAUAAACUCUGCUGUUUUAGACCAAGAUGUGAUGGGUGGCUUAAGAUGGCCUUUGGAGAAAGCUUCCUCUGGCGAUAGAUUCAGAUUGGAUAGAGUGUGGCAUACUGUUGCCAAGUCUUAUGUAAGCCCAGUUGUGAGGCUCAAACUAAGAAAUGUCGAUCGAUAUGAUUUUGGAACCUCGGUUGGUGAAGCCUCAAAAGAGGUUAUUUUGAAGCUGAAACAAGUAACUUCAGAACUACUGUAUGAUGUAGUUUUUAGGCUCAGUGCAGUUACUUUGAUGCAAGCUAAGGCCAAGAUUUUCCUUCGCUGUGGUGUGUGA